CUCAGAGACCAUGCAGCUGGGCAGUGCCUUCCUCCUCCUCUGCCUCCCAGGCUGUCUCACCCUGGGCACCCCCAAGGUUUUAGAGGGCACGGUGGGGAGCACGCUGAUGAUAACAUGCAGGUACAAGGUAGGAGAGGAAGGCCCCAGGAAGUUCUGGUGCCGAGGGGCCAACUGGAUGGACUGUGUCCGGGUCAUUGAGACAGCGCAGCCAGCGAAGGAGGAGGCGAGGCGUGGCCGAGUGACCCUCCAGGACAGGCCGUGGGGGCACCAUUUCAUCGUCAGCAUGACGAGCCUGGAGACGGGAGACGCAGACACUUACUGGUGUGGAGUGGACUCACCCAAGCAUGUCCCCCAGGCCCCAGUGAUGGUGGCUGUUCUCCCAGGCCCCACAACAACAGCAACGAGGACCCUGGAAACCAUGGGCUCCAGUAUGCCCGCCAGUCCCAUGUCCAACCCUGGACAUCCCACUUGGCUGCUCUGGAUGUACAUCAGCUGCAUGUUCCUGGUCUCGCUCAAGGUGACCUUCCUGCUGAGCCUUGGCUGCAUCAUCACCUGGCUGGCCUGGACUUCAGCCUUUCCCUGAGAAACAAUGACUCCCAGCCCCGGGCUGCUCCCAGCGAAGUGACGCUGGCUGUGUCAGCUCUGAGGAUCCUGCAGGGACCCACACGCUCAGAAGCUGAGUGGAUCUUCAGGAUGACUCAGGGCUGUGGAGUCAGAUGGCAUGCACUCCAACCCCAGGACUGCCACCUGCCAGCCAUUGGACCCGGGAGGGGUUACUGGAUGGUGCUCCUCAGGUGUUGCUUGGAUUUGUAUUUAAUUGAUGCACUACAUGGAGGGUUCUGGUCUCUCAGGAUGACUCCAAUAUGUGGCUGUUAGUUGGGGUGCAGGGAAGCAGGGAGCAGG